UGUCCAAGUGGAACUACGGCAAGCGUCGAGGUCUGUCAAAUUCCCCUUCGACUCGGCUCGGCUUGUUGUUAAAAGCCAACUGAGAAGCAAGCCCCCUCUUUGCGGAAUCAGCACAAUGAGAAGCAGCAGGUGUGAUGUGAACUUGUGGGGCCUCCUCUUUUUCCUGGCCUCCUGUCUUCUGUGUGUCCACUGCCAUGGGGACCGUCAUCACGAGGGACAGCCACUCGAGGUUGGAAGCGCUGCUCACUUUUCGGGUCAAGGUCGCUUUGACAAAACCGUGGUCCAAGAUAAAGAGCACAUUAUGGAGCAUUUGGAGGGUGUGAUUGACAAACCGCAGAAAGACAUGACACCCCAGGAGCUUCAGCUGCACUAUUUUAAGAUGCACGAUUACGACGGCAACAACCUGUUGGAUGGGCUGGAGUUAGCGACAGCUAUUACGCAUGUCCACAAAGAGGAGAGAGGAGAAAACAGCCAGCCGAUGCGAGAGGAAGAUCUAAUAAAUCUAAUCGAUGACGUUCUGAGGGAUGAUGACAAAAAUAAUGACGGUUACAUAGACUACGCAGAGUUUGCCAAAUCACUGGAAUAACACGUUACCUCACACGACGCCCUUUUUGCCCACAAGGCAGCCGGAAGGAACCUGCAGACACCCUCUGAGCGGUCGCCAUCAUUGCCUCCUCCAGGAAUCAGUCAAGCUUUCUUUCCCUUCUUGCAGCAGCAACCCAGCGAAUUCAUAACAAAACGUUUAGGUUGGUUUAAGUGAUUGACAUCUCUGCACUCGGCAGUCUUGCGGGUUCCUCCAGUAGUGCCUUUUUAAGGGCCACUUCACACAAAUCCAAUGUUUUCUCGCCAUCUCUUCGUAGUAUAUUUCCAUGCUAAAGAUACAAAGGGCCACAAGAGGGGAUUCCAAACUAAACCAAAGGUGAUACUUGGGGAAACAAGCAUUCGAGAGCUGUGUAAUAAAAUUGCAUGUAACAUGAUAGAGAAACAUCCAGUUUCUGCCUGAAGGUUGUAUUUUGAUGAAGAUGCCUACACACAUGAGCCAGUCACUGUCAUCCUCGCUGUUUACUUACCAUGAAUGUAUCAUUGCAGAGUGAAUGUAACGCUGAAACGCUGCCUCGUUCACUGGAUGGGACCAACCAGAAGCACUCUAGUUUGUUUAUAAGCUUAAUCCAUAUGUACCCAGUGAGACGCCUCAACACAACUUCACAUGUCAGCUGCCAUAUGAACGUAUUUCACGUCUGCGUCAUUUGCGACUUUUGAUAAUGUACAGUUUGUUAUGGAUGAAUUCUAUUGCUAUAUUUUGCCAUCUGGUGUUGAUUCCUCAGAUUCUGUUGUUGAUUGCAAAUAUUUAAGAAACUUUAGAAAGCAUUUUUUCUGAAAAUGUGAUCGAUUAAAAUCUAUUCAGCAGACUU